UACUUCAAGUCACCAGAGAAUAAGAAAUCUCCGACCCGGUCCUCUGCGCUACAUCACUUGGUUCUGCCGGUCUCUGGCUACAAGAGAAUAGGCUAGAGGUAGGCUAAAAGAGAAGUUUCGGUUCGUGAAAAAUCCUGCGCUCAGACAGAAUAGCGGGCAUUUGUCCAAGCGUUUGACUUUGUAUACUCAACAGGUGGUGAAGAGCAGAUGCUUGAGGGUGGCGUGGUAGCUACACGGCACCUGUAGCGUUUACAUCUGUAUUUUCAUGAUUGCCUACAGAUGUUGACUGAAUCGUUACCUCUGGGACUGGCUUGGUGUGGAGAUUUAGACACAAGUUUGAUUGUGUUUUUCGGUGCUUGCUCUAAAAAAGACAACUAAACACGAACACAAAAAGGAGGUCCCAAAAGACCGAUGUUGCACUGAACGUACGGUGGAUAGAAAGUGACCAGAGUCGCCUUCAGAGCAACCUCACAACGACCUUCAUUUUAAUCUCCUGAUAUCCGUUGCCAGAGUCAGCAGUUCCAAACAGUAGCGAAAAACCUGUGGGCGAAGUUUCAAACGGACCGCCUUCUGGGACACUUAGUCUGCAACUUUGUGUCUAGUUGCUCAGAGAGAUUUCUCCUCCUGUGGUGAAAGAGAGAGUAGUGGCUGUCUGCGAAGAAAUUCAAAAAAGCUUGAGUCGAGCUGAAACUUUCUCCUAGACUGGACUGUUGUCCCGGCGGUGACCGGCAGCAUGACGGACACCAUGACCGACAUAAACUACUCAACCUUGGAUGAACCGGCUCUACGGAAUUUGCUGGAGGGUACUGUGGACAUGGAGCAGCGGCGGACGAUCCGAUCGGCCAUCCGUGAGCUUCGGCGGCGGGAGAUCGAGGACAUGGAGGCAGCCCUCCGCAGCAAGCGCUUCAGACACGCCCCCCAUCACCACGACGACAAGGAGAACCAGCACCGGUCUGAAUUGGCAGAGUCAUUGAAUGUUCUGUCGGGAAAGCUUCAGUCGAUCAAUGACAUUGAAGAGCUCACAAGGAUGCUGAGAGGAGCCUUGAACUAUGAAGAGAGGAAACUGAUCAGAGCUGCUAUCCGACGUGAGCGGGAACAAGAGAUCCAGGGGGCUACAGCAAAGAUUACGGGUCAUCCAGGGGAACAGAGGCCUUCCCAGAGUUCUGAGCAGUUCCGGCCCAGCGCAGAGGAAGUGAGGGAGAGCACAGAGGAGCGAGAGCCAAUCAAAGCACAGCUCAACAGUCAGCCACACCCACAGGACCAAGAGCAGCACCCGCCAGGGUCGGCCUCCGGCAUGGUUCUGGUUCUGGACCCGCAGGUCAGGGGGAAGGUCUCCGCUCCCCCAGGGUCCCCGACCUCCGACCCCGAGGUCAUACCCUCCUGCCCCCGCCAGCGCUGUGAUUCUAGCCAAUCAGAUCGAUCUGGCGGCGGCGGCGGCUUUGGGCGUCGCCAGAGUCAGGACUCCCAUUGCUCUGAGCGGAGCGUGAGCUCUCAGGACCGCCCCCAGCACCGGAGCCCCUCCCCCUCUGGCUCAGACUUGGAGGUGGAGCAGGAGAAGGAACCCGCACUACAGCCCAGCACCGACGCCCCUGAUGGGGCCACACUACAGCCCAGCACCGACGCCCCCGAUGGGGCCACACUACAGCCCAGCACCAACGCACCCGAUGGGGCCACACUACAGCCCAGCAUCGAUGGGGCCACACUACAGCCCAGCACCGACACGUCCGAUGGGGCCACACUACAGCCCAGCAUCGAUGGGGCCACACUACAGCCCAGCAUCGAUGCGCCCGAUGGGGCCGCACUCUCCAGGAAAGCUAUGAGCUCCAGCGGCCUGCCCAACGGCCUCCGAGACGGCAGCACACCGCAGGUGUGUGUAGCCAGAGAUGCCCCUCUUACCACUCUUAACAAUGGCAAAGAAACAGGCUCCAGUCGAGUGGCUGCUCCUCUGGGUCGGCUCAACUCCGUCCGCGACCGCAUGCGCAAGUUCACCGAGCCCGCCCACGCCGAAACCCCGCCCCUGAGGCGGGGCUUGCAGCGCAGCGUCCGCCCACUCUCCUCCCACCUCGGCGAGAAAGCCGGCCGCCCCGUCCCUCAGGUUCAGAAGAGCCCCUCCCCCGCGGGUCCGCCCCCAGAGGCCCCCGGCCAAUCCCAGCGGGCCGUGGGAGGAGCCGGAGUGCCGGCUGGAGGUGUGGACGCAGGGGGCCGCGCUGAGGAGCGGAGCCCAGAGCCAGAGCACCCUGAGAGGGGGAGAGCUGAGAGAGAGAGCCCCAGGGAAGGACCAGGACCAGAGUCCCACGCAGAGCCAGCGGAGACACAGAGGCACACGGACGACUCACAGGACCACGCAGACGACGACAUGAAGACCUUCCUGACCAUCGAGAUCAAAGAUGGCCGCAACACUCAGCUCAGUCAGCAGCCACAGGCCAGGACUAUCACACACACCAGCACGGGCCCACAGAGAGCAGAGUUGACGUUGGGUUUGAGAGCCACUCCGUUUAAGAUGUCCACAGCGAGCAUCUCCACUGGACCGUCCUUUAAGGUGGAGUCGGAGUCGGCCAUGUUUGCGGUGGAGCCCUCCGUGCACAACGGCUCCUCGGCUAAACCCUUGACCUCAGAUCAGUCUCGCGGCGCGUCGACCGCGGCUCGGUCUCAGGAGCACACCAUCAGAGUGGCCUCAGAUCAGUCCCGCGGCGCGUCGACCGCGGCUCAGGCUCAGGAGCACACCAUCAGGGUGGCCUCAGAUCAGUCCCGCGCCGCGCCCGCCCCAGCCAGAGCUCAGGAGCACACCAUCAGAGUGAUGACGGAGCAGUCGCACGUCUCCGCAGCUCAGGUCAAGGCCCAGGGGUCCAGCGGGAGGGUGACCGCCGAGCAGCUGGACGCCAUCGAGGACGAGGAGCUCCUGGAUAAAAUGCUCGAUGAAUCCAAAGACUUUGAAGAGCGCAAGCUGAUCCGUGCUGCCAUGCGGGAUCUUCGGAAAAAGAAAAGAGAGAUCAGACUGGGAUGCACUCAGGAGGAGAUCGACCUGCGUGAGAAGGAGCGGGACCUGCGGCUGGAAGCGGUGAAGAAGCAGAGGGAGGAGCGUCAGAAGGGCAAGGCAGGAGAGAUGGUCACCAAGAAGGUGGAGAAGUCAGCCGACGGCUCGACGCUCAGCCAGGUCACCAAGACAAACCGCUUCACUCAUUCAGAUGAUGGCAGCAGGUCAAGCCGUAGUUCUACAGUGGAGUCCAGCUAUGUGCAGAAGACAGACAAGGGGACAGUCCAGAGUAAAUCCUACAGCUUCUCCUCAUCCUCGUCUUCCAGCUCUGGAAAGAAGGUGGGCAGUGUGUUUGAUCGUGAGGAUGACUCCGCACAAGAGCGUCGUCAGCUGGAGAAGAAGAAGGAGCUGAUGAGGGCGCAGACGAUGCCCAAGAGCACAGCCAAUCAGGCGCGCAAGGUCAUGAUGGAGAAGCUGGACGCAGGAGGUGUGGGUAACCCUGCUGUGGCGCGGGUGAAUAAGGUCCAGCGCUCCGCCAGCUUCGGCGUGCCCAAUGCCAACUCCAUCAAGCAGAUGCUGCUGGACUGGUGUCGUGCCAAGACCCGCUCCUACCAGAACGUAGAGAUAAAGAACUUCUCGACGAGCUGGUGCAACGGCAUGGCCUUCUGUGCGCUGGUGCACAACUUCUUCCCUCAGGCCUUCGACUACGACAGUCUGAGCCCCACCAACCGCCGACAGAACUUCCAGCUGGCCUUCGACACGGCUGAGGAAAAUGCUAACUGCAUGCCUCUCUUAGAGGUGGAAGACAUGAUGAUAAUGGGGAACAAGCCAGACUCCAAGUGUGUGUUCACAUAUGUGCAGUCGCUUGUCAACCAUCUGCGUCGCGUGGAGAUGCGUCGAGGUGUGCAGUCUGACCUGUGACCUGGCAACACACACCCAUUUCCCCUCAUACACAGAGUGACGCUGUUUUUAAACGAAAGGAAACUAAGUUAUUUUAUUAUUUUAACCUCAAGAGAGCUGUUCCCUCUCAACUGAGAUGUCAGGACUUUAAAAAAAAAAAUAAGCAAGCUAAAUGAGCGAUGUGUGUACUGUACGUAGCUGUAUCAGAGCAAAGCAGAGGGCGGUGUGUAUUGUUACUUCCUCUAGCAGAUGCUGUAUUUGAUGUUAUUUAGCGUCCGCGGGCGUGCAUGAUUUAAAAAAUAAAUAAAAAAAAACAUGCAGACUGUCAGUUCUGCAUCCAGUGUUCAUAUUAUUGGAUGGUGUUCAGAUUCAGAUGUUUUUAUUAGUUAUUGUUAUUCCAGGAUGAUGUUUUUAUUUAAGUUGCUAUGGAGCACAGGUGUGAACCGCGGUUAGCGUCACUAGCUACUGAUGACAUCACAACGCUGAGACCCCAGCCUGACGUGUGUGAGGUGUUCCGAGAGAAAACUCUAGUUAUCCAGGUUUCCGUGUGGGGUCUUCAGCGCACACACACACACACACACACACAGGUUCACACUCUCUUGCACAACUUUCACUCACACUCAGGUGUCUCUGACCCUGUGUAUUUAUGGUUGGAUUGUUUUGUGUGGGUGUACAGACUUCACGUUGACACUUUUCACUUACUCCUUGUCAUCCCAAAAAAAAACGGCAGAUUCUUGCCACAGUCCCGUAUUCUAUCAAGUCCAAAAAGCCAGCGGUACUCUUUAAAUCUUUUUAUCUCACUCACUGAGUACUGUAGGGAACAGUCUGCAGUAACCAUGGCCAGCUUUUGUGGGGUUAUUUUAAUAGAGAGGAGUAAAAAUUAGUUUUUUUGUUUUGUGAAAAGAGUUUAGUGUCCCAAGGCUGGCUGUAGUGAAGCUGGUCCUGAUUCACGGCUGCUUACUGAUUCCACCGUGUGUUUUUCACCGUUAGUAGGGUUCUGUACAUACUCGCCAAGAUCGCAUCGUGCUAGCGCAUGUCCCUCUGUAGAGCACACACACAUCAUUUAACCAUUAAAAGAAACUUUAAGGAACUAA